GCGAACAAGAUCACGGACGCUCGUGGCCUCAUCCCGGAGUACAAGGGAGUCGUGGUGCAACGCCUGGAGGUUGCGUUGUUGAUGCAAACCAACGAAGAGGCCGCAGCGGCAGAUGCACAGCUUCAGACGAUGUUGCAGUCCGUUCCCAUUUCGCUGCUCCCCAACAACGCCCUUCUUGUUUGCCAUGCUAGCCUUCUUCGGCAGAUUUCAGCGUUGAAGAAGUGCAGCUCAGCAGACAGCCUUCCCAGGGAUGCGGAGACUGUGAAGGGUAGCGUUGAGGCCUGGUCUUUGAUUACUCAGGGCCUGAGCAAUGCCUUGACGGAGGCAACCAAAUCGAUCAAAGAGUGCAUCAAGCGUGAGAAGAAGAAGGAGAAGGAGGAGCAAGCAAAGCGGAAACGGGAGGAGGCCAAAGCAAAGCGUGAGCAGGAUCAAGCGGAAGCAGCUGAGGCUGCUGAAGGGAAGCGUGGUCGUGGGUCGCAUGGGGCGAUGGCGGCUGCGCUCUUUGUGGCAACCCUCAAGGUGUGUCCGGAACUGACACCCUUGAAAGUGGAUGACUUCUUGAAAGAUGGCUGUGUGGAUGCUCCGUCCCACCACAUCAUGACUGUCAUGACGCCUGAGAAAUAUGCAGAUGAUGACAGUUUCGCAAGCAGGAAGGUGAUGUUUGCAGAUCAGUUCCAGAGCAGCCAAGCUUGUGUCAGCAAUGAUCGAAUUUUCAUGAAGCUGGGAGGUGGUGCAGAGAAACUCUUGAAGAACCACGAGACAUGGGUAAAAAACACCAAGCCUGUGGCCACUGCGGGAGACUCGGAGAACGCUAAGAUCUUUGUGCCGGGGUUUGUGGGCAUCAAGAAGGAUCAGACGUCUUUGCUGUGGUGGAAACAUGUUCUUUCCGGCGUUGCUUCCUUGGCGAGAUGGAAGUGUGCCAGGUCACCUGAACGUGUGUGGGUUGCCAGUGCCAGUCUCAUGAGUCUCAUGCAAGCUAUGAAGGUGCGCAAGGAUAUCGGUGCAGUGGCAAGAAAGGUCCUCCGCCAUGCGGAUGACAAGCUUGUUGAUCUCAGGGAGAAAUCAGGAUUGGCCUACAAGGUGCAGAUGGAGGACUCGAGGAUCGUGUAUAUCCCGCCGCUGACAGCCGUGUGGGAGCGCGCCCGGGAGAAGCCAUGCGCUUUCAUUAAUUUCAAGUGGCUACCAGCUCCGCAUUCAAACUUCUUGGAUGGUAUUUGA